CUUCGCAAUUCCAGCGCCUCCUUGACAUUAUGCCUCCUUCCACGGGGCGUUCUUCAAUGACCUGCCCCUCCAGCCGAACUGAGAAUGAAUGGAUGUUCUCAAGAUGUUCCGUAGCCAUUAUGGCUCAAGCCAGUUUGCCUCAAAUCUGGCUGAAGCCACCGAUCGCCGAGCGAGAGCUACACAUCUCAUUCAUCGUACUGAACACUCGGAACGUCUGAGCGCAGUGACUCUGUACCGGUGCAAUGGAAUCCAUUUGGUUGAUGAUUGUAUAUUUAUUGUCGUCGUUAGUUGGAGGCGCCGCGAUGAGCAUCACAUCCAUGAGUUCGGACGCACCCAACAGUUAUGAAGCUGUGAACUCGACAAAACCAAGCCUUGGCACCAGCCUCCUAGAAGACAAUCAACGGUGGGGUUGCUAGUGUGGGCUGCUCUUCCACAGUGUCUAUGUACGAGCACUACCUGUCGUCGGGGUACGGGUGCGAGGGUUCCAACACUGGCGCUGUCAUUUCGUACAGUACUGUUGGCGCAUGGAUCAACGUCAUCUCUGGUAUAUCGUCUCUCGUCCUCAGCGGCUCCGGCACGAUGAUCACUAAUGUGAACCUAGAUUGCACGUACACGCCAGGCGCUUAUUGCCACCCUUUGCCGACUGGGAAUGAUAACAUCGGAUCCGUACUCCUGAGUUGCGCUGGCUCUCCGUCUCCGAAGCCCUACCCGACGCCCUACCCGACUGCCUUUCCGACGCCCUUCCCGACUCCAAGCCCGACGCCCUAUCCGACGCCCUACCCGACGGCCUUUCCGACGCCGUUCCCGACGUCCAGCCCGACGCCCAGCCCGACGCCCAGUGCGGGCGGAGUCGGCGGAAGCGUUGCUGCUACAGGCGAUCCCCAUCUGCAAAACGUUCUUGGCCAGCGGUUCGACUUGAUGAAGCCGGGCAAGCAUGUCCUGAUAAGCAUCCCCCGUGGAAGGCAUAAGAACGCAUUGCUGCGUGUGGAGGCCGAUGCGCGUCAAGUGGGUGGACAAUGCGCAGACAUGUAUUUCCAAGAGUUGAAUGUCACAGGGGAGUGGGUGGAGGCGACAGGGUCUGGCGGUUUCAACUUCAAAGCUCAGGGAGUGCAUGAUGAGCAGCCGAAGUGGUUAAAGUUUGGGAAGGUGCAGGUUAAAGUUGCCCAUGGGCGCACUCUGACCGGAGUCUGGUAUCUGAAUUUCUACGUCAAGCAUCUGGGAUUGUCUGGCUGUGCUGUCGGAGGAUUACUAGGAGAAGAUGACCACACUGAGGCAGCGAUGCCCUCGGAGGCUUGCGUUCACUACGCGUCCCUGUUUAAGGUGCUGCCCGAUUCGUCUCAAAGCGCACCCGUCUUCUCAGUUGCCGAGGCGAGCUUCGCUUGAUGACCCGUGCGUGGGACGAGGUCCCAGCGUAAUCAUAAUAUACGGCCAGUGCCGCCGUCCCUGGAAGAAGACCCCCAUGAUGAAGGUGACAGGGUGGGGGAGGGGGUGAAUAUUUGGCACAAGCGUUCCAGUCUUGACGUUCGCAUGUGUGGCUCGAUCAGCGACAGGCGUUCGAACAUUCGCUUCCCGUUCUUCUCAGGUCAGGUUUCAAGGUAGCGCGGUCUGGAGCGCAACAGGCCUACUGCGUUGUUCCACCCUUUUUAUACAUUUUUUCCCUCAAACGGGACGUGGAGCGCCCGCUGCGAAAGUACCAAAGCCUUUUGAGUCAUCACCUGGCAUUUCGGCAGGAACUUGCACAGAUUCGUCUCGCACGCAAGCC